AUGACGGAGAAGAAAAUUAAAGAGAAAAUCAAAAAGCGGGAGCGCAUUGCCGCAUCAUUAAAGCGGCAUGCGCUAUUUCUGGGUAGUUUCGUUCCGGAUGUCCAUACGGGGGAAGUUCAGUCGAGGCUGGAUAAAAUCGAAACUAAAUUUGAAGAGUUUGAGGAGGUUCAGGAAGAGAUUGCGGAAUUGGAUGUAGAAGGGAAUUACAAGGAAGACUGUAGUACGGCCUAUGAAGAGUUUGAAAGGUUGUACUAUCGGUUACGGGCUGCGUUGCUGGCAAAACUGGAACCGGAACAUACGGCGGUGGAUUUGAACAACACAAUACGGAACGGUCAAGCAUUGGGAGCUCACACUGGCGUUCGUUUACCGCAGAUUUCGCUACCGGAGUUCGAUGGCGACUACAAGGUGCGGUUGUCUUUCAAAUCAACGUACGCGUCGCUGAUCCACGAGUCUGGGGAGCUCAAUGAUGUUCAAAAAUUUCAUUACCUCAAAUCUGCGCUGAAGGGGGAAGCAGCGAAGCUCAUUGAAUCGCUCACGCUCACCAAUGAAAACUAUCCGAUCGCUUGGAGCACGAUCACGAAGCGGUACUCCAAUGAGUAUCUGCUCAAGAAGCAGCAUCUGCAGGCACUAAUGGAGUACCCAAAGGUGGAGAAGGAGUCGUCAACUGCCAUUCACGCGUUAGUGGAUGAGUUUGAACAGCGGUUGAAGAUCUUGAAGCAGCUAGGAGAAAAGACCGACGAUUGGGGAGCAAUGAUCGUUCAUUGGAUGUGUUCUAAGUUGGACAUGAAGACGCUACAGCUCUGGGAGGACCAUGCAGCGUCAACGAAGGAUCCUACGUUCGCAAUUUUAGUGAGUUUUUUAGAAAAGCGGACAAGAGUGUUGGAAGCGGUUUCACCGAACGUCGAAGUGAGGAGCAGCUCACAAAAGGUGGAAGUUAGGCGACAGAAUGUCAUUGUGCAUUCGGCUACGGAAGGUGAAAGGGGUGGUUCUGCAUGCUUUUGUUGCGGGGAAUCGCAUUUCUUGGGACGGUGCGGCAAGUUUACUAAAAUGACUUUGAAGGAAAGGUUGCAGUUUGUGAAUGCCAAACGAUUAUGCAGCAAUUGUCUAAAAUCUGGCCACUGGGUACGCGAUUGUAGUUCAAAAUUCAGCUGCCGGGACUGCAGCAAGAGGCACAAUUCACUGAUUCAUCCAGGGUUUCCUUUGAGUAGUAGCGGGUCCGACAGAAACGAUUAUCCGAUCGGCAAGCCGGAGAGCAAACGGAACGAGAAGGCGAUCUCUGCAAACCUGGCUACUAAUGAGACGGAAGACGAUGAAGGAGAGAACGACGAACAUGGCGCGGUCGGAACAUACAACGUAGGGACCAAGUUCGGCAAAAUUUCAAGUGUUCUACUCUCCACGGUGGUAUUGGUCAUACGCGAUCAGCAAGGAGGAAAACAGUUGGCUCGCGCAUUGCUAGACAACGGAUCUCAAGCCAACAUCAUAAGCGAACGACUUGCUGGAAUGCUGAAUUUGAAACGGCGGACGAUAAACGUACCGAUAAGUGGCAUCGGUGAAUCGGAAACACGAGCAAGAUUCAUGGUAAGCACUGCCGUGAGCUCACGGGUUCAGGACUUCUCAGUGGGGAUGGAAUUUCUAGUUCUGCAAAAGGUUACUUCAAAUUUGCCAUCGACGCACGUGUCGAUAACGCACUGGAAGCUUCCAAACGACAUUCAGCUGGCAGAUCCAGACUUCAAUACCAGCAACAGAAUCGAUCUCUUGAUUGGAGCGGAACACUUCUACAGAUUCUUCUUCGAAAGGGAAAUGAAGCGAAUGUCUUUAGGACCGGGAAUGCCUAUGCUGAUCAACUCAGUAUUCGGAUGGAUUGUGUCUGGGAAGGUCUCAGAAACAGCAAACAAAACAAUUACCUGCUGCGUAGCGGCAACUCCGGAUUGUUUGGAAACACAACUGCAAAAAUUUUGGGAGGUUGAAAGCAACGAGGAUCGGCCACCAUGGUCGAAAGAGGAGCAGGACAGCGAAGAUCAUUUUCUUCGAACUUUCAGUCGCACGGAGGACGGCCGAUACGUAGUGCGAUUACCAAAACACGUCAAUUUCCAUCAAAUGCUAGAAGAUUCUCGUUCAGUAGCGUUAGCAAGGUUCAGGAACCUGGAGAAGCAGUUAGAACGGAACCCAGAGAUGCGUCUACAAUACAAUGCAUUUAUGCAGGAAUACUUAACUCUUGGUCAUAUGAGGGAAGUAACUGAAGAGGAACUUCUAAAGGAGACAGGCGCAACGAUUCCGAAAAGAGAGUAUUACUUGCCCCACCAUGCCGUGCUUAAGGAAUCCAGUACUACAACUAAAGUUCGCGUGGUUUUCGACGGCUCCGCCAGCACGGACAGCGGCUACUCGUUGAACGACGCUUUGCUAAAGGGUCCUGUGGUUCAAGAUGAGCUCCUCAGCCUUCUUCUGCGAUUCCGGAAGCAUGAAGUGGCACUAGUUGGCGAUGUCGAGAAGAUGUACAGACAGGUGCGUGUACAUAAUGACGAUACCGGAUUGCAGCGCAUCUUUUUUCGGUUUUCUCCUGAUGAACCUGUAAAGGUUUUUGAAUCAUCAACGGUCACAUACGGAUUGACACCUUCAUCGUUCCUGGCUAUACGUGCACUGCAUCAACUCGCAGUAGAUGAAGGCAAUGAAUACCCAGAGGCUGCUAACGCUAUCGUGUACGAUUUUUAUGUGGAUGACUACAUCGGUGGAGCACCCAGCAUAGACGAAGCCAUUCAGCUUCAAACGGACCUCGACUGUCUUAUGAAGAAAGGAGGAUUUUCUCUACGCAAAUGGUGUUCUAAUCGUCCAGAAGUCCUUGCAGCUAUUCCCCCCGAUCAACUAGGAACAAAUUUGUCGAUUUCUUUCGAAAUUAGCCCGGAUGAAAAGGUGAAAACUCUGGGAAUCACUUGGGAACCCGGUACGGACCAACUACGAUUUAUUUUCGACGCACCACAGUGCGAGCAAGUUUGGACAAGACGAAACAUUCUCUCGUCUAUUGCCAAACUUUUCGAUCCUCUGGGAUUGAUAUCACCAGUGAUUAUAGUAGCUAAAAUGCAGAUGCAAGAGCUCGCAUUACUCAACUCUGGAUGGGAUGCGCCAGUUCCAGCGGACAUAGAGAGAAAGUGGAAGGCGUUCUAUUCUCAUCUGGAUAAAAUUUCCGAGCUGCGUAUUAGCCGAUUUGCAUUAGUUUCAAAUUGGAUAGAUGUCCAAUUUCAUUGUUUCGCUGACGCUUCCACAUUGGCUUACGGUGCGUGUUUAUACGUGCGAACGACCAAUGAAGCUGGAAAUGUUCGGAUUGAACUCAUCGCAUCGAAAUCUCGCGUCGCUCCACUGAAGAGACUGACGCUGCCACGACUUGAGCUUUGCGCUGCCAAGGAAGCAGCCAUAUUGCAUUCGAAGGUAAUCAAAGCCCUGUCUUUGGAAAACGUCCGCUCGAUUUUCUGGACUGACAGUACAAUUGUCUUACACUGGCUACGAGCUCCACCAAACUCAUGGCAGACCUUCGUGGCCAACAGAGUAUCGACGAUUCAGACUAACACACAUGCACAUUCUUGGAGACAUGUGUCAGGGAAAGAAAAUCCAGCUGACCUAGUGUCCCGCGGAAUGGCGAUCGAGGAAUUUCUGAAUAGUCAGUUGUGGAAACAAGGACCUCCAUGGCUGCGUAAUAGUGAAGAUACCUGGCCCAGUGCAGCCGAGGACUACAAUCAUCACGAAGAACAGUUCAUCGGUUAUCGAGGAGUCCCUGCCGAAAUACACUCGGAUAAUGCCAAGAACUUCUCGGGGGCUUGCAACGAACUCAAAUCUCUCUACGACAUGCUGAAUAACCCGAACAGUCUCACCACCAUUAGCAACGAGCUGGCGCAGCAAGGAAUCAAAUGGCAGUUUAUUCCCCCACGUGCUCCCAACUUUGGAGGAUUAUGGGAAGCCGCCGUACGCUCUGUAAAAACCUCGCUCAAAGAAGAUAUCGGCCUUAAGCAGUUGAGUUACGACAACUUCGCCACCGUUUUGGUUCAAAUUACUGCUGCUUUGAACUCACGACCUCUCUCUCCGCUAUCAGACGACCCCACUGAAUUUGAAGCGCUAACCCCCGCACAUUUUUUGAUAGGCUCCGUCAUGAAAGCAAUUCCUGAGCCCAAUCUAAUAUCAAUUCCCACAAACCGCCUUGACCACUACCAGCAAAUACAGCAAAUGUUCCAGUGCUAUUGGCAACGGUGGAGCAAGCAGUAUUUGACACAGCUGCAAAUGACAACGAAAAGCCUGCCGGUUAACUUUUUCCAAAUCGGCAGCAUCGUCGUUCUACGCGAGGAUAACAUGCCUCCACUAUGUUGGCCAUUGGCAAGAAUCACUGGCCUACACCCCGGUCCAGACGGAGUUGUGCGUGUUGUAACGGUAAAGACGGCGACUGGAGUGUACAAGCGGGCGGUGAAUCGUGUAUGUCCGUUACCCACGGAUGACCUGGAUCGCCGAGUUACGAGAUCUACAAUGCCAGAUGGUGGCUCCAGAGAGGUUUUGAAUUAG